UUGCCAAUAAUUAUCAAUCUCUCAAGCUUUUCUGCAGAAAGAGAGAGAGAGAAAGCGAGAAGAAAAAUGGCAAGUUCAUACUUUUCAAUAGCAGCCAUUCUCAUCCGCAUCCUGUUUGCAACUCACCUAAACUUUUGCAUAGCAUCUAGAAAAAUUCUCAGCUCUGAAACAGAUACAGAGUUCAUAAAAACUUCUUGCGGUGCCACAAGCUACCCUGACUUGUGUUUCACCACCUUUUCUAGCUAUGCAAGUGAAAUCCAAGCCAGCCCCAAAAUAUUAGCCAGCAAGUCCCUCUCCUUGACACUUAACACCACGCUUUCUGCUUCGAAAUUCCUUACAGAACUCAGCAAAAGCCAGGACUUGGAGCCCCGAGAGGCUGCAGCCCUUCAGGAUUGUGUGGAAGAAAUAAGCGAUUCAGUUGAUGAACUCAAAAGGUCUAUCGGUGAAAUGGAUGAAAUUGAAGGCAAAAGCUUUGCUUUCCGAAUGAGUGAUAUAGAAACAUGGGUGAGUGCAGCUUUGACUGACCAAGAUACCUGCAUGGAUGGCUUCUCUGAGAAUGCCACAGAUGGAGAUGUCAAAGCCACUGUAAGAAGCCAAAUUGAGAAAGUUGCACACAUGACAAGCAUUGCGCUGGCCUUUGUCAACCGCUAUGCUGGCACCAAAAAUUAACCUGUCACUUGAAAAACUUGUACCAUUCAUUUCCUAUGCAAUUGUAUAUCUGGUCAGUAAUAAUAUUCAGAUUUCCUUUCUGAAUUGUUUAGCUUUUGGAUUAAUAAUUCCUCGAGUGAUUUGGUGUAUGAGUUCGAUUAGCAUGGCUGAUACAUAUAGCAGAGAAUAAUGGCGUUCAAUUUAACAGCUAUGGCAAGUUUGUACAUUUAUUUAAGGUUAUUUAGCUGUCAAAAUGCAAACGGUGUAACUACAGUCUUGCAUCAAUAAAUAUAUUCUAUGUUAUGCAAA